CACACACAGUCCCUGCCAACUUUAACUUUUCACCGCCUCCCACAACAUAAUAGUAUUCUAUUCCACCUAAAAAGUAGAUUACAAAAAUGCGACUACAAACAAUUUUUUUUUUUUUUUCUCAAGAGAGAGAGAGAGAGAGAUCCAAUCUUCAAUCUUGCAUAUAUCAGCUUGUGUUGCUAGGGCUAAGAGAGCUUGAAGCUAUAAGAAAGCAACUCAUUCUCUGGGUUUUCUCUAUUAAUCUUCAUCACUUUGGUAAGCUUAAUAAUUAACCUUUUCUGGGUUACCCAGAAAAAACUUUCUCCAGCUAGCUAGCUUACUUACAGAUUAAGUCAAACUGAUCAGGAGAAGAGAAAGCUUGGGAUGCUAGGAAACAUGGCUGAAGAAGCACUUCCAAAUGGUUUUGUCGAAAACUCAAUUUCUGGAUCCAAUCCUCCUGUCCCAAAGAAGAAGAGGAACCUCCCAGGCACCCCAGAUCCUGAAGCUGAAGUGAUAGCCUUAUCGCCAAAGACCCUGAUGGCGACCAACAGAUUCUUGUGUGAAAUUUGCGGGAAGGGUUUUCAAAGGGAUCAAAACUUGCAACUCCACCGGCGGGGGCAUAACCUUCCAUGGAAGCUCAAGCAACGGAGCAGCAAAGAGCCGAGGAAGCGCGUUUAUGUGUGCCCUGAAAAGAGCUGCGUCCACAACCACCCUUCCAGGGCUCUCGGAGACCUAACCGGAAUAAAGAAGCACUUCUGCCGGAAACACGGCGAGAAGAAGUGGAAGUGCGAGAAGUGCUCAAAACGGUACGCCGUUCAGUCAGAUUGGAAAGCGCACUCCAAGACCUGUGGCACUAGGGAGUACAAAUGCGACUGUGGGACAAUAUUUUCACGGCGAGAUAGCUUCAUCACUCAUAGGGCCUUCUGCGAUGCCUUAGCCGAAGAAACAGCAAGAGUAAAUGCAGUAUCCAACAUGAACAAUGUAGUCGCCGCCGGCAAUAUGAGCUACCAUUUCAUAGGCCCUACCAUGGCACAAAAUUUCUCUUCUAUUUUCAAGCCAAUCUCAUGCAACGACGACGCAGUUAACCCAACGACGACGUCGCAGGGGCUACCCCUAUGGAUGAGCCAAGGAAUAUUUCAAGGCCAGGAAGCUGCAAUCUUUGGAGAUCCACUAAUUUCAUGCUCGAAUCCUCCACCGUCAGAUCAUUACACUCAGCAAAAUUGGGUGUUUGGAUCAAAGCUCUCCUCGAGCAAUGAACAAAGAGAUGUGAAGGAGGGUACAGGAACUCAGCUUCUAAGUGUUCCUUCCUUGUACAGCACGCAACACCAAACUCAUCAAACACCUUUUGCAAACAUGUCAGCCACGGCUCUGUUGCAGAAAGCUGCUCAAAUUGGCGCAACUUCGACAGAUCCAUUAUUCCUAGGGAGCUUUGGAUUGAAGGGCAAUGAGGGUGAGGUUGUAUAUGGUUCAAACACUACACUUACUAGCCUCGGAAAUGAUGUAGAGAAAUCUGUAGAUGAUGUAUUACUGAUACACCCUGCAAAACGCAGGCAGAUACAGAAUGAUCAAGAUGGUGGUGGAGGGCAAACUAGGGACUUUCUGGGGGUGGGUGUACAACCUGUUUGCCACCCUCCAUCAAUCAAUGGAUGGAUUUGAUGAUAAGGGAAUUUUAUGGUUUGCAAUAUUGUAAAGCAAAGUUGAUAAUAAAGUGAAGGUUUUUGGAGGGAGGAAAAGGUGGGCAUUGAGUAGUGGUUGAUGGGGGGGGCUAAAAGUUUGUGCUUAGAAAACUAUUUAAGAGGUGAAGGAAGGAGAUCCAUGCAUAUUCUCUUGAACCCUGAAAGCUGACCCCUUUUGAAAAUGGUGACUUUUGUUUUUGAUUAAAGGGGGGGUAGAGUGGUGGGGGAAAAGCAAGAACCCCUUUUCGACUCCAUUAUUGCAUUGCUUCAUAUUUGUUGUGGUUCUUGCUUGCCAAACUGGACUUAAAAAAAGAGAAUUUCCAGUGGCAAAAGCUCAUUCUGGUACAUCUAGGCUUUACCCUAUUGUUAAAAUAAACUCUUGUAGUUUUUCAAUCGCCCAACCCCAUGAACAUGCACUUGUACUAUAACAAGAUUAAUUAGCUAUAAUAUUAUAUGCAAAAUUAUAUGGAGACAAUAAUUCAA